UGCUGGGGGGAAGCAGGGGUUGAUGGGAGAUCUCUGAGGUGAGGAGGACACCAUAACAGCACUCAGAAGUUGCAUCUCUCUAUUGCCUCUCUUUUUCACUGACCGCAUCCUGACCACACCACUAGACCAAACUGCAGGGGAGCAGGGUGGACAAGACAACAGAGUACUUUGAUUUUUCAAACCUUCCGAAGACAUUUGCGCUCAUUUGUGGGGUGUUGCAGAGUGUGUAUCAGCCAAGGUAAACAGCGGUGUGAAAUAUUGAUGGGGCAACAGGUGUGAUCCCUUACCGUCGGUCAGUCCUUGCCCCCCUGAUCACAUGCACCUCACGGAGAGGGGGUGUCUAUGCCCCCGCCACACACCACAACACGGACACCAGCACUGAUCAGGUGGAGCCCACUCCUCCCGGUGGGGAGCGGGCGGAGGGGGGUAACGGGGACGGGUCUCUUUUCUACAGGGAGCUGUGGUUCAUUGUGCUGAUGACAGGGGUAGCCCUGGUGGUUUUAGCUAUCGUUCUGGGGAUCAUCCUGCACAAGGCCCUGAAAAGAACCCCAUUCACUCGAGAGCGCCCCCCUCUGGUGGCCCUGCCCAUGCAGAAGAGGAGCCCCAUGGCCGUGUAUCCCCCCAGCGACUCCUACCUGGUGAGACGGCCCAACUGGUUUGACACGGUGCCCAACACAACAAGCUCCUCCAACAGUGUUACACUCAAGGGGUUCACCAUGCACCUGGAGGGAGUGGAGGACAGUAAGUUUUGGGCAGGUGGCGACGCCCCUCCCGAGGGUGAGCUGGGUAUCCUUAAUGUGUCCAGCCUCCACGUGUCCGCUAUCCAUGGCUCUGCCCACUCCCAGAAUUCUCUGCGGCGCAGCGUGAGCCAGAUGAUGGACAGGAAGUCGCUGACAGGGGAGGAGGAAGUGUGGGACUCUCACAUUCAAGGCCACGACAGCGGGAUGGUGAGACACCCCGGAAUCUUGGCCCUGCUUAGAGGAUGUUUCUUUGUUUGUUUAUUAACUCCUCCUUUCUCCCCCUCCCUCUUUCCAUCCAUCAUCCACCAGUUUAUGGAGGACGAGGAGUUUGUCGACACUAUUAAAGGCUUCAGCACGGUGCGAAAGGAACACACCAUGUUUACCGACACUAACCUGUGACCUGCUGUGACCUUUGAAAUCCACCCCUCACCUUGUCAGGUCAGACAGGUCGACUGGAGGGGCAGCCCCUCACAAACGGAGGUCGGAUGGGUACACAAAGCAAGCCAUAGACAUUCACUAAUAACAUCCUAUUUGACUAUGACUGCAACCGACCUACCAAACAGCACUCUUGGGUUAAAUAAAAAAUGGAAUACAAAAAAUAAAAGUCCAAAUAUGACUAACUGAAGAUAAUCCAAGAAAAGGACUUGUCUUGCAAGCCAGACUAUUUGGUCAUAAUUCAGGGACAGAAAUGUCACCAUGAAAGAGAAGACUCCCGAUGAGAUAGAGGAACUGAUAAGAGAGAUAGGGAAAUGUUCUAAGUGAACCUGUUCGUUUCAAUGAGCAGUAUCAAGGCAUCCAUUUAUAUUGAAAUUUGUUUUGGGAUUUCUUAUAGCUACACUGACCUAAAAUACAAAGAGAACAGUGUUUUCAUUUUAUAUAAACAUAUUUGUAUAUUGACUUGCUGUUGCUCUGAAUGUAAGAAUGCCUUUUGAUUAAGUCGCUGCACAAUUUCUGUGUACAGAUUGUAUGUAAUAAAAGUGUGGACCAAUUUAUUUUUGAUAGCAACUUAAAUGAGUAAAAAGGUGAAAACCAAUAGCAUGAUACCAAGUCAACAUAUCAUAAUUUUAUUUGAAAUGAGCUCCAGAUGCAAUUCUGGCCCAAAAAGUUUGUACCACUAGUCAAUAAUAUGGUUACAAAACAAAAACACUUACCGAAUAAAUUAAUGUACUGUAGUACCACAUGACAAGACAUGUAAACAUAAAAACCCCAAAUGGGGGACGAAGUAUAGUGCAUUAAAAAUAAACGAGUAGAUAUAUACAAAAUUUCAGGCAUUUACAAAGGCAGCCUUUUUUGUUGCUUGUGUUUAUAUAAAUAUAAUUCUCUAGAUAAAGUGUGGAUAUACGCUGAUAUUUUUGCUCAAAUAGAGGGACCAGGCGACGAGGGGCAGAGCUUCAUCUGAGUCAAUAACCUUCUCUGAUCUCCGUGACGACGCUGUGCCGCUUCAGGACCACCCAAAUUAUACUACUCAAUUUGACUCCAGUUUCAAGGAGUCCAAACCCCACCCAAGCGAGUAUACAUUUCAGUUCGGCUUAACUUUCUCAUUGCAACGUGGUUCAAUGCUAAGGAUUCCUUUAGUGUGACAUUAUUGCUUACCAUUCGUUUGAUUUAUCUGAAGUAAAAGUGCAUGCAGCACAUGCUAGGGCUUGUGAAUGCUUUUGAAGCUAGCUACAAUUGAAAGAUAGUUGCAUUUGAUUCUGUACAGUACCUAGAGGUCUGCUGGCUUCCCUUACUAAACAAAUCUACCUUCGGAGACAUUCAACUGAAACCCAUUACCUCGUCACACUUUAAUCCAGGGAAAAGCUUCCAUUAGACACCAUGAUUCGACUUCUAAUAGCGAGGACAGAAUUGGCACUACCGUGGACUUCUUACCUGGGAUGUCUAGUUGCUGUCUAUAGGUGUCAGGCGGCUUCUCAAUACUUUGUCCAGCAGUUACUACAACAGUAGUUUUACUAUAGAGCUACAAGCUGAUGCUACAACAACCACUUGGCUAGGUCUUCAGGUUCUAGCCUAUACUUAUCUGUAGCCUUAUCAAUCACUGAUGUCAUUAUACUACUACUCAGGCCUAGGUCUGACAAAACCUACUACAUGGCUACUCAAGCUGCAGGACGCUGGGCUUGCUAAUGUUAAAACAUUCCCCCCCCCCAACAAA